CAAUGCUACGCACUAAAUUCGCUAAUUUCUCUUAAACUAGAUCCAUGCCAUCGAUGGAAACCGACAUGCUAUUGGAUUCGACCAACCACCACCACCUCACUUUCCUCGACACAAUUCGUAGCUACCUCCUCGACGACGACCGCGACGGCGAUCAAAUCGCCACCGCGCAAGCAGUUGCACCGCAAUUGCCAGCGCGGCAACGGGUGCUGCGGCAGCCGAGGGGGAUGAACUUCCGGGGGGUGCGCCGGAGGCCGUGGGGGAAGUACGCGGCGGAGAUCAGAGACCCCGCCCGCGCCGGCGCCCGCGUCUGGCUGGGAACCUUCCACACCGCCGAGGAGGCGGCGCGGGCCUACGACCGGGCCGCCUUCCGCAUCCGCGGCUCCCGCGCCCUCCUCAACUUCCCCCACCUCAUCGGCUGCGCUCACCUGCAGGACGACGAAGCCGUCGACGACCACGCUGAUCAUUCGCCGAGGACGAAGGCGGCAGCGCCUCCGUCGCCUGGUCAGUCGACUAAAAGGAGGAAGACGGUGCCGGCGGCGGAGACUCCCGUUCCUUCCACUAGCCGACAACCGGAAGGGAUUAAUUACGACGGAGGACUACUCCAAAACAAUAAUUUCGUAAACGUUGUUUAAUUAUAAAUAGAUAAAGGCAUUAGGAAUAAAUGUUCAU